CGGUGCCAUGACAUGAAUCAUACCACCCACCACCCAUACCACCCACCUCUCCUAUCUGAGAUCUCCACUCCACGUGGCUGCUGACGUGGACAAUACGACGAGUAAGAGUAAUCAACGAGCUUGACGGCAUUACGCUGCCGACGGUCCCCGGCGGGAAGGCGGGAAACGGACGCAAGGGCGGCAACUUUCCCGCCAAAUUCAAGCGCAGAGACGGGGAGGGAGUAAUUUCCCGCCUUCCAGCGUGGUUGCGAGGGAGAGGAGAGGAGAGGGGGAGGGGGAGGGGGAGGAGGGGAGAGUGUGGUUGAUUUCUCGGCGCUUGAAGUGGUCGAACUAAUUUUUGGCGGGAAAAACGCUCAUCCAUCAUCAGUAAUACUGUAACGCAAAAGCAAAAGCAUGAGGGAAUCUCUCUCUCUCAGAUAACGGAAAGACGGCCGCCGCUUCCCCCUCCUCCCCCGCCGCCUCCGCCGUUUUCCGCCGCCGUUUUCCGCCGCCGCCGCCGCCGCCGCCGCCGUUUGCCACUAACGGAAAGAGGGGGGGCGUUUGCUACUAACGGGAGGAGGGAAGAAGCAGGGGGGAGAGAGAGAGAGAGUGGGAGUGGAGAGGCUGGGAUCCCGGUCCUUCCCGUUACCAUUUUUCCCGCGGCAACCGACUAGGCAGUCCCGAUGCAGGCGGUUGCUUCGACGGCAGCCGCCGUCCCGACGUCCACGUGGUGCGCUGGCGCAGACAGCUCGACGCCAGCCGGCAUUACACGUUCAGCAGCAGCAGGAGGAGGAGGAGGAGGAGGAGGAGCUGCUGCUUCUAGCGCGAUCUCGACCAGGCCUCUGUCCAUACAGAUAAAAUCAUCAGCUGUAUGUUCCCGGAGCGCACGAUAUACAACUCGAAGGAGAAUUCCUUCAAUGCGAAAGUCGACUCUGUCCUCUUCCUUUGUGAAUUCUGCAGGCCUUAGCCUCCGUUCUUCGCCAUCUGGCCAAUCGAGUUGUUUGGAGCGAUGGGUGUCCUCUGCAGGCAGCGUAGGGAUGGGAAGCUUAAUGAGGCUAGGUGUAACGACAGGCGUCACACUCACACGAUCGCAGGGUGCCACGUCGUCGUGCCCAAUGAUGCCAGUUGGCGGACUACCAGCCGCAUCAGCGGUGAAAGCAAGGGCGGCUGUGUCUGCAUCGCCGGCAUGUGUACCGAACGAGAAGCUCACGCCGGAGUUCUUGGGACGCAGGUCUCGGUGGCGAGAAGUUGCGGUGAGACAGCAGGUUCCCGCUUUCGACGAAACCGCGAAAAUGAUUCCGCAAACUGUUUCUGCUGAUAACGCGCGAAUCAAAGUCAUUGGAGUUGGAGGUGGUGGCGGAAAUGCAGUCAACCGGAUGAUUGGCUCUGGCCUGCAGGGGGUUGACUUCUGGGCGGUUAACACAGACGCACAAGCGCUGCUUCAAUCCGCUGCCAACCACAGAGUACAAAUUGGGCAGGAGCUCACCAGAGGUCUAGGCACCGGCGGGAACCCUGAGCUUGGGGAGAAGGCUGCAGAGGAAUCGAAGGCUGAGCUUGAAGAUGCUGUUUCGGAGGCAGAUAUGGUGUUCAUCACGGCGGGGAUGGGAGGAGGAACAGGCAGCGGUGCGGCACCCGUUGUGGCAAGGAUGUCCAAAGAAGCUGGGAAUCUAACGGUGGGGGUUGUGACAUACCCGUUCACCUUUGAAGGUCGGCGCAGGGCUCAGCAGGGACUUACGGCGAUUGAAGAGCUCCGGAAGUACGUUGACACCCUCAUUGUUAUUCCAAAUGAUAGGCUUCUCGAUAUUGUCACCGAGGGCACACCGCUCCAGGACGCAUUCCUGCUCGCUGAUGAUGUUCUUCGGCAAGGCGUCCAGGGAAUAUCGGACAUCAUUACGAUACCCGGUCUUGUUAAUGUGGAUUUUGCAGAUGUGAAGGCGGUUAUGAGCAAUUCGGGCACAGCGAUGUUGGGCGUCGGAGUGUCAUCGGGAAAGAAUCGUGCCGAAGAGGCUGCGAUUGCGGCCACAUCCGCUCCUCUGAUCGAGAAGUCGAUCGAACGCGCUACCGGCGUCGUUUACAACAUCACUGGUGGUACGGACCUUACGCUCCAAGAGGUCAACUUGGUCUCUCAGGUAGUUUCAGAGCUGGCGGAUCCAUCAGCCAACAUAAUAUUUGGAGCGGUCGUGGAUGAGCAGUACAACGGUGAAGUGCAUGUGACGAUUAUUGCAACAGGAUUCUCGCAAUCUUUCCAGAAGGCGCUCAUCGAUCCGAAAGCGAGUCGCGAACUAGAGAAGACGGAGCUGCCGUGGCGGCGGCAGAUUCCUCUGUCUGUACCAAGCCGCCCGCAAAAUGCUAUUGGAAGAGGGUUCUAAUUCAUAAUUCGAGGUCCCGAUUGCAUCGUCGAACGGACUGUCCGUUGGCGAGUUCUGCAUCUCCCCCCUCCUGGGCCGCAGGUAUGGUCCAUUGGUUGUCCUUUGGAUGACUCGUUCGAUGGCCCAUGGGGCAUUUCUUCUAGUCCGUUGAUCUAUUGAUGCUGUUGUUGUGACGCAUGCCAUAUAUGUUCCUCCUCUCUCUAGUUAUGUGCAGCUGCGAAAGGCUUGCCUUGCGAAUACCCAUUGUUGCCUGGGGAAUUGGGCCCCAUGUGGGACAUAUAUUUUAUAUUUUUGAUUUAACAGAUCUUUUAUAGCACCCAUGCACCAAGUACCUAUAACAUGAUCCAUCCUCUUCUCCUGAUCUGAAAAGCUGCAGGGUCUCCAAAAUGGGACACUGGCACACACAAAACACACAUGCCACCCACACACAGAGAAUGAGGGCUGAGAGAGAGAGAGAGAGAGAGAGAGAGAGACGGAGUUCAUACAAGCGAUUGCAAUAGGUGCAGCAGCCAGCAGGUACUGGCUGGGGAGGUCACGUAACCCUUUCGGAAAAGGUGUGCUAAGAAGUACAGGUUUGGUUUGGUUGUUUCUUAUACAUGCAAAUUUUUGAAAUUGGGUAAGAGGGAAAGAAGAUUGGGAGGGAAGCAAAGGGGGGGCACUAGUUGCAGGGAACCACAUGCUGGAGCACCUGUUGCAUGCAGUGGGUUGCAAAUCUUUCCUGCCUGCGUGUCUUGUCAGCAGGAUAGGCCUGAAUAUUAUUGCCGGGAUGUGUGCGUGUGUGUGUGUGCGUGUGUGUGUGUGUGUGUGUGAGCUCACGCAUGUGCGAGUGUGUGUGUGUGUGCAUGCGCGUGUGUGUGUGUGUGUAGCAGCGAGUGCACAUUUACAAGGGAGGAAAAUGUGCACUCAACAAUAUCUCAUUGCAGCAAACUCUAUGUAGUAUGUUGGAGUAAAUCCAGUAUAGCAUCAAAUACAGUUCAUGCUAUCUCACCAUUCUAUUACGGCACUACAAUGAGAGAGAGAGAGAGAGAGAGAGAGAGAGAGAGAGAGAGAGAGAGAGCAUGCACGCUCAAGAGAGAGAGAGAGAGAGAGAGAGAGAGAGAGAGAGAGAGAGAGAGAGAGAGAGAGAGAGAGAGAGAGAGGGUUGCUUGCUGCAGUCAGGGAAUUGGCUUUGUUAACCCUGAUUUGCAGGAAUCCAGUUGUUCUCUUCUGGCCAGUGAGAGAAAGGGUUAAGCCUUCAUCAUGCAUUAAGCUAUGUGGGAGGCUGGCCGCUACUGAGCAAUAGGCGGUAUCAGGUCGCAGGUUACGAAGGACCUGACCAAUAGCUCCUUUGAAAUUUUCGUUCUCUAUAUUUGUUUGUGUGGAGGCUUUUGUGAGUACAGAUUUUAAAUUUCGACUGC